AUGUCUCGAUUGUGGGAGGUCGACCCCGAGACGAAGGCCAAGUUGCUUCAGAUCUCCAGGACCAAUGGAAACGACAGAUGUUGCGACUGCGGUGCACCGUCGCCUCAAUGGGCGUCACCUAAAUUCGGAACCUUCAUCUGCCUCAACUGCGCUGGCACGCAUCGCGGAUUAGGCGUGCACAUCUCCUUCGUACGCUCCAUCACCAUGGACGCGUUCAAGACCUCCGAGAUCCUCCGCAUGGAGAACGGAGGCAACGACCCCUGGAAGACAUUCUACGACGAUCACCCGAUCACGCAGUCCGAAGGCCGGACCUUCGAGGACUCCACUAUCAAGGAACGCUACGAGGGCGAGGUCGGCGAGGAGUGGAAGGAGCGCCUCGCCGCCAAAGCCGAAGGCCGCGACUACGUCCCAGGACAACCCAAGCCCAAACCCGCAGCGCAGCCCGCCGCCGCCUCGCGGUCCAACACGCCGCUCACCAACACGGGUCUUCGCCCCGGCCACGGCGCCGGCUCCCCGGCCUCCCACGACGGCAUCGAGGGCACCGCCGCCGCCACGAAGAAGGAGCGCAACGAGGCGUACUUCGCCAAGCUGGGCUCCGAGAACGCAUCGCGCUCCGCCUCCCUGCCGCCUUCGCAGGGCGGGAAAUUCACUGGCUUCGGAGGCGGGCUGCCUCCCGCGCCGGCGAACAAGGGCCCCGCGCGCGCCGGCGUUCCCGGACUAGAUGAUUUCCAGAAAGAUCCCGUGGGCGCGCUGACAAAGGGGUUCGGAUGGUUUACGACGGCGGUGGGCAAGAGUGCCAAGACGGUGAAUGAUAUGUACAUCCAGCCGACAGCGAAGACGAUAGCUGAAUCCGACUUUGCCGCACAAGCCCGCGUGCAGGCCACCCAGCUCGGCCAGAACAUCCAGACCGGUGCGCGCGGCGCCGCGGGCCACUUCUCGCGCUUCGUCGAGGGCCCCGACGAAGGUGCCGCGGCGGCAGCGCGGCGCCGCCAGGAACCCGAGCGCAAGGACUUCUGGGAUGAUUUCUCGACGCUCGGCGAGCAGGACACCCCCCAUCGGCGGAAUACGUCGCGGUCGAGCGCGAUCGGGACGACAGCCAUCCGGCCUGGCGGGCAGGGUGGUUCGGCUGCUGGGGUUGGUUCAGGGUCGGGGCCUGGGUCUGGAGGCGGUGCGGCGACGGGGACAGGCGCGGCGGGUGGGAAGAAGGGGCAUGAUGAAGGCGGGUGGGAUGAUAAUUGGUAG